UGCGCAGUGCCUUGUGCAAGUUGACCCUCGUGAACAAGCAUGAGUACUCGCAACAAAGUAGCAACUAGCAAUAAUUAGCUGCACAAUAGGCUAUCAAAGUCAAUUUUGUUGUCUCAUCUUUCCUCGAAAUUAUCAUGAUCAGUAAAUCUUUCUGAACGCAUAUUUCUUUUGUUGCUUACCAUGAAUAUCUUUGUUGAAUUCUGCUUGGUGUCGUGCAAAGUUCUCUGGACUUUUGUGUUGGCUGGAACGAGAUGGCUCGUGCGUCCAAAAGAGAAGAAUGUAAUGGGUCAGGUUUGUGUGAUCACUGGGGCAGGAAGCGGUCUUGGAAGACACUUUGCCAAGGAGUUUGCCCGAAGAGGUGCUACGGUUAUUCUUUGGGACAUCAAUUGGGAAAGUAACGAAGAGACUGCUGAGAUGGUGCGACAAAUCUACAGCGACUUUACCAAUAGGAACCCCGAAGGUUCAGUGGAUGGUGAGGAGGGAGAUGUAUCUCAGAUUCAGCCCCAGGUCUACACUUAUCUGUGUGAUGUAAGCAAGAGAGAGGAGGUGUACUUGACCGCAGAUAAGGUGCAACGUGAAGUGGGCAACAUUGAUAUCCUGAUCAACAAUGCCGGGGUGGUCUCAGGACGUCACCUGCUGGAGUGUCCAGAUGAACUCCUAGAGCGCACCAUGAUGGUCAACUGCCAUGCUCACUUUUGGACUACCAAGGCUUUUGUUCCCAAGAUGCUCGAGCUGAACCAUGGGCACAUCGUGACGGUAGCCAGCUCCCUGGGUCUGUUCACCACUGCUGGUGUUGAGGACUACUGUGCCAGCAAGUUUGGUGCUAUAGGUUUUCAUGAGUCCCUCAGCCACGAGCUGAAAGCUGCUGAGAAAGACGGGAUAAAAAUGACGCUGGUCUGUCCUUUCUUAGUUGAUACUGACAUGUUCAAAGGGUGUAAAAUCAGGAAAGAGAUUGCCCCACUCUUCCCUCCGUUGAAGCCAGAGCAGUGUGUGCAACAGGCAAUGAGGGCUAUCCUAACAGACCAGCCCAUGAUCUGUACGCCUCGGAUUAUGUACAUGGUUAGUUUCAUGAAGACUGUCUUGCCCUUUGACGCCAUCGUUUGCAUGUACCAGUUUCUUGGAGCAGACAAAUGCAUGUACCCGUUCCUGGCUCACCGGAAGGAGUCCAUGAACAACAAUGAAUCCAAGCUGCCUGCCAUCAUGCAGCUGCCACUGGAGAAAAAAUAAUGUUACAUAUACCCUUUGAAACUCAGAUUUAUCAGAUGGAGAGGUUUCCCACAUUGUCCCUCUGGAACAAACUACAUAUGCUGUGUACUUUAUUAAGGGUUCACAUUGGUUCUUUUGGUUUCUUUAAACCAGUUUUUGUAUUUGUUUUAAACAUAAUAAUUGAUAGUAAAUGCGUAAAUGUCAUUGUUUUGUAGACACUCACUGUGUAUCCCUAUCCCGCGCUUUGUUCCAUGGUGGCCGGCUUGAUCAUUCCUCACGCAGUGCCUUAUUCUGGUUGCCUUUGAGUCAUUAAAUUGUUUUUUGUAUUUUGCAUUGUAUAAAUGAGUUUUGUGUAGAAUGUCUUCAUUUAGAAAACAGAUUUUGGGGAAAGAGUCCUUUCACUCGAAGUGCCACAUGUUUUUGAAUGUGGACACUCCCUAGAAUGCUGCCCCUGUGUGCAUAACUUGUGUGUUAAUUUCUGGGGAUCCUUCCAGGCUACGACAUAGCUGAAAGCAAUUUAUCUGUUUGGGAUACAAAAGAGAAAACAAAAGCUAAGCAAUUAACAAUGAGAUACUCAUCUGCAGACAUGUGCAGUAUGUGACAGCACUGUCACUAACCUGAACAGAAUAACUAUUUCUAUAAUUACCAUUUCAAGACUUCACAAAACUAUAGACAGAGGACUGGAUCUACCGUGGCAGUCAUUCACCUAUUUUUCAAGUCUUUUUUUUUUUUCAGAACUGGAGAUGAGACCCUGUAUUUGUUAUUGUACUAUGUCCUAACUGUACAUGGAAAUAUCAUGUGCAACUGAUUCUGUACUUGGAACUCCAGUGAGAUGAACCACUGCAGUUUUCUCAUUUGGAUUGUCCUAACAAGUCAACAAAAACAACUUGACUGAGGUUGUAUUCAUCAGAGAAAGCCUAAGGACAUGUUGCAGCUCUGAGUAUCAGUAGGAAGAUUAAGUAACUGGGAACCAAUUUUAUAAGUGAGCUGUGCAAUUGAAUCAGAUAACCUUUCAAUAUUAAACAAUAUAGUUAAUCAAAUAUUGCAGCUUAUAAAUAGCCUGCAUAUUUGAUGCUGAAGAUUGAG